AGAUACAUAGUAUUACAUUAAUGCCCUUCAUAGUUAACUUUCUCCUAAAUUGGUGCGUUAUAAUUAAUUCUUUCCUUUUAAAUUGAGUAUUAGUGAUUUCAUCUGUGUUUAAUGAUCUCCGUUCGAUGCAUCUGAUCGAAUGACUCUCCUUUAUUCUCAUUUCUUUCACCAAGCAUUAAACACAGAAAUGGGAACUCUCCUUUAUUCUCAUUUUUUUCACCAAGCACCAUUCUCACACAGAAAUGGGAACUCUAAUUCAAAGAAUCGAAGGUCCUAUGAUGAUGAUCGAAGAACCUCCAGCGAAUCCUAUCAAUUCCAUAGAGGUGGUGACAGGAACUAUUUCUUCGAUCCAGGUACCACAACUUGCAGCGACAACUUCUGGGAUAGAUAUCGUCAUGGUGAUCGAAGAGGCUCCCUCAUCCAACGUAGAAAUUGGUGGAACCCCUCCCAGAAACCUAAUUCAUCCUCCAUUGCAAAUGAUCGAAUUUUGGACAGGUCAGCCCCUCGAGAGGUGUUACACAGGGAAGGUUUGCUUCUGUUCCGACCUACUAAUCACCUGACAAAGAACUUGCAAGCAUCAUUCAUUUUGGGUAAUGUGGAAUUUUGUUUUUUCCAUUCAUUUCACAAUCACACCUUUUGUUUAUCUAUUGAGGGUAAGAAUAACAAGGUAAUCUGGUUCGAUUCUGACCUCUUGAGCUGGAUACUGGAAUGUCUCUUUAGAAUCUGUUUUGAGCCUAGUUGGGUUUUCACAAAGCACAUUGGUAAGAGAGAUAUUAGAGUUGCUGUGGAACAUUUUGAUAAUGAGAACUUUGUGGUUAUUUCGGAAUCUAGAAUUGAGGGCUCUAGAUCAAUUUCAGUCCCAGUAGGAAAGAAUUUUCAGCUGCUCAGAGUUUUCACAUUGAAUCUUCAACAAUUCUACCGCGGUGCAUUAAAGAAAUCAGGAUUAUGCUCAUCCAAUGAGCAUGGCUGCAAGGUGGUUGAGAGAUUCUGCUCAGUUGAUGUUAGCUCUGUGUCAGGCAUCGGUGGUGGAGACUGGCUACCACCCUUAGUGCAAUCAAUACACCAAGAAGUUUCAGCUUCCUACUCUUUUCUUAGUUGGGAAAAUGAAUCCAUCAGGAAGCCCAAAGCUGUUGAUAGAGAUUUAGCAUUGCUUUGUACUGCUCCAAGUUUAGACCUGGAAGAACACUCUUGUUCUAAGUGUCUGUUUGCAAUGGACACCGAGUCACUUUCUGAGUUCGGGAUUCAUGCUCUCAAGAGUGCAAUACCUGCCCCUUCUUUAGAUCAAAGUUUAACACCAUCAGUCCUUAAUGAACACUGGGAGGGAGCAGAGGCAGGCAUGGGGAUGAUGAAACUAAAUGCCCUUGAGGAUGCAAGCCCGGGAUUUGAAGAACCUGCCCUCUACACUCACUCUGAAGGAGAGAAAACUGUUUUUAUUGACUCUAAGCUUGAACCUUUUAGAAUCAUAACUCCUAGUUCCUCUAAUAUGUCAUUGCAGCUUCCGAAAUUAGCUAAGGGUAAGGCAACCUACUCACCUUCUCAUAUGGUUACUAGAAGUAGAGCUAAGAUUAUAGCAGCGGGAAGGAAAGAACACCCCAUUAAGGGAGUUGACACAUCUGAUGAGGAGAGCGAAUCUUUUGUAGAAGGCAUCCGCUCCGCUUUCAAGAGGAGUUGUCCGUCAAUCAAAACGAAGAAUAUCCAAACCUUUACUCCAACCUCGGAAUCCCAAGUGAAGCUUAGUAAAAAACAGAAAAAGAAGGCAAAGAUGAAACUCAAAUAGCACACUUAGCGGUCAAAGCGAAGAAUUUAGUAGAUCCCGAGUAUUUUGAGGAGUUUGAGGAUGAUUUGGAUAACUUGAAUUUCUUGUAACUCUUUUCUUUUCAUGUUUGCCGGGCACAUUAGGUGCAGGUUUUCAUGCUUUUCCUUAUCUUAUUUUUUUAGCUUUGUUGGGCCUUGUUUGGGUUUAGCCCACCCUCUCCGUUUGUACUUCUAAUUUCUUCUUUAAUUUAAUAAGAUAGAGCGUCCCUG